AUGCCAUUCGUGGUAUCGAUCGACAUCAACACUGCGUCGAGCGCAGACCUGCGGCGCGUGCCCGGCGUCGGCCUCGUGCUCUCCGAGCGCAUCAUUGCCCACCGCCCGUACAGCUCGGUUGACGCGCUCGUGUACGUCCCCGGGAUCGGCGUGCGUUCGUUCGCCAAGAUGCGUCCAUGGCUCACGCCACUCGCGCCGCGCCUCGCUCCCGCGGUGCCCGCAUGCGAGCUGUCGCCCGUCGUCGAGCGCCCUGCGUGUCACCAAUUGCGCUUCCCUGCGGGCGAGCCAACGUACGCGAUAGCGAGCUGGAACCUCUGCAAUCUCUCCAAGAAACGAUCGACCGACUCGCUGCGUCUCAUCGCCGAGAUCUUUGCGCCCUUUGAUCUCGUGGCGCUUCAGGAAGUGCGCGAUACGCUCGUGCUCAAGAAGCUACGCGCGUUGCUGCGGGGUUGGGACUACGUGCUCUCGGCCCGCGUCGGCGGCACCACGCAUGGCGAGUACUUUGCCUUCUUUUACCGAAAGACCAAGUGGCUUCGCCCGACGGUGCUGCCCUUGGCCGACAACCACGACGGCCUAGAUGCGCUACAUCGUUGCCCGUUUGUCGUACAAGCCAAUUCUAUGUGCCGCCGCCUUGCCCUGACGCUCGUCAAUGUCCACAUUGUCUUUGGCCAUGAGGCCGGACGCCGCAAGCGCGAAGUCGACGGGCUCGUCGCGCUCGCCGCCGGCCUUCCCGGCAAAUUGGUUCUGCUCGGUGACUUUAACCUGCCGCCGUUCGACCUCGGCCUCACUUCUGCGCGCUGGCUGCCACUCAUCAAUGCGCCGCUGACGACCACGAUUGGCAACAACUUGUACGACAACCUUUGGGUCCGCGACACAACUGGCACUGUUGGCGACUUUGCACUUUGCGCGGGUGUGGAUCGCGUGGACCAGCGGUACUUUCCAGCGACGAAACAGCGCGCGGCGGCAAAAGCGGCCCGACUACAGUGCUGUAGCGUCCUCUCGGACCACUGCCCCGUGUACAUGGCGCUGUAUGCGCCGUCAGAGCUACUCAGUGCUAGUCCAUAG